UAUGUUGUAUCUCCAGUUUCCAAGGUAUACGCUAUAGUGAGUCAUUACAGAAUGUCGGCGCAUCAUCAGUUCAAAUUAGAUGCAGUGAUCAACAAUGACGCCAGAUUGAAAUUCGCCGCGGCGAAAGGAAAAGUGGGAGACGGUGAUGGUUCGUUGGCUGUUGCCGUGUUCCACAAGGAAGGUUUCGACCAAGAGACGAUGCAAGGUCUCUUCGAGCCCGGUGUGGAAUGGGUCCCAUUCCUUGAAAACGAUGCCUACGGGGGGUUCACCAUAAAGAAUCCGCCUGCGGAACAAGGUGCUAUAAGAGCGACCUUCAUCCACCCAGCGACGGAAAAGCACGUCGCGAAGUAUACCCGACAAGAGGACAUCUUCCAAUACUCAGAAAACCAAUAUUUUAGCUGGGUGUACAACAUCCUGGAAGGGAAAUCGGAAGCAGAAAGAGUUUGCUUCCGGGAUGAUCAUCCCGAAGAUGGCUUUAUUAUGGCUCCCGACUUGAAGUGGAAUGGGGAUAAUGUGGAAGAGCUUUAUUUGUUGGCGAUCGUGAAUCGUCACGGAAUCAAGUCUAUAAGAGAUCUCACAGGGGAACACAUUCCCCUUUUGGAAAACAUUUUGAAGAAAGGAACCGAAACAAUCAAGGAAAAAUAUGGAGUUCCAUCAUCUAAGCUGAAAAUAUUUGUUCAUUAUCAUCCAUCGUACAAUCACUUUCAUGUGCAUUUCUUGCAUUUGAACGUUGAAGGCUUUGGAAGUGGCAUCGAAAAGGGCCAUUUGCUGACGACUGUGAUUUCAAACCUCAAAAUUGAUCCGAAUUAUUACAAGAAAUCAGAUUUGACGGUAAUUCUGCGUGCGGAGGAUCCGCUAAAGAAGCUGAUCGAAGUUGCCGGGAAGUAUGAUACUGUACGGAAAACCGGUAGCAAACGUUUUGAGUUCUUGAUCACGAGGAUGAUAUGGUUGUCGCAGUUUCCUGAUUUUCGGCUGAAGCGAAGAUCACUGGAAGAGCUUGACUCCACUCCAGAACAUCGGAUUCGUUCUUGUUAUCAUGCUUUUUCAACUCCUGAUAAUAUUGUUCUAUGUGCACUUCGGCCUUGAUCGACAGGUGUCGCCUGAAUCACUUGAAUAAUUCUGCCGUACAUGUAGUACAAUACUGUAUCUCAAUGUGCAUGGGGUUAAGGUCGUGGUCAAUCCUCGAAUACAUUCAAUUGAAAAUUUCUGUUGGGAACAAUUACUUCACCUUCAUCGGCAAAAGUCUUGAACCUGACGUUGAAAUGU